UUUUUAUCGGCCCAAUUUCUUUUGAUAACAAUUUGAAAUUGAUUAUCAAGGUGUGAACUUAUAAAGAAAUAAUCUAAACUAUGAAAGUAUUGUUUAAAAUUUACAAGUGUACUAUGAAAAUACUUUAUUUGUUUGUCUUAUGUUGAAACAACAUAGAAAAAUCAUCAUAACACGACUUUAAGGAACUGUAUACCAUACUUGAUGGUGGAUUAUAGUCUGAAUAAUUUGUAGUGUGGAGUUUUAAUAAAAAAAAAAAAUGUCAACAUCAAAAUCAAAAAUGAUUUUGAAUUCAAUUAAACAAGUACAAUUUGGUAUACUUUCACCAGAUGAAAUACUUAGUAUGUCUGUUACUGAUGAGGGAAUUAAUUUUCCCGUAACAAUGGAGAAUGGUCAUCCUAAAAAAGGAGGUCUCAUGGAUCCAAGACAAGGUGCAAUUGACAAUAAUUCAAAAUGUCAAACAUGUUUUGGAAAUUUAGCCGAAUGUCCAGGACAUUUUGGUCAUAUUAAUUUAGCCAAACCAGUUUUUCAUCUUGGUUUUAUUAUGAAAACAAUGAAAAUUCUUCGAUGUGUUUGUUUUUCUUGUUCAAAACUUUUAGUUUGUCCAAACGAUCCAAAAAUUGAAAAAAUUAUCAAUGAUACGAAAGAACAACCUCAAAAACGUUUAUCACUGAUUUAUAAGUUAUGUCUGAAAAUAAAUAUUUGCGAUAACAGAGAUAUGGAAAGAGAAUCUUGUUGUGGUAGUUAUCAACCAAAUUUGAAGAGAAGUGGUUUUGAAAUAAUUGCCGAAUGGAAAGAAAAUGAAUUUCUAAAAAAAAGAAUUUCUUUAUCUGCCGAAAAAGCAUUGACAAUUCUUAAAAAUAUUACCAAUGAAGAUUUAUUUAUUCUCGGUAUGAAUUAUAAUUAUGCACGUCCUGAAUGGAUGAUUAUUACUGUUUUACCUGUACCUCCAUUAUCAAUUAGACCAAAUAUUAAAACGGUUCAAGAUGAUUUAACUAAAAAAUUGGCUAAUAUCGUAAAAGUAAAUAAUUUGAUUAAAAAUGAAAAGUCAGAAUUACAUUUAAUUGAGGGAAAUUUACCAAAACUUCAGUUUCAUGUUGGUACAUUUAUAGAUAAUAAAUUGGCCUAUCCAUUUGAACGUUUAAUUUCACUUAAACAACGUUUUGAAGGUAAAAAUGGUAGAAUUCGUGGUAAUUUAUUGGGUAAACGUGUCAAUUUUUCCGCACGAAGUGUGAUUACACCUGAUCCAAAUUUGAAAAUUGAUUAUAUUGGCAUUCCAAUAAGUAUUGCAAAAAAAUUAACAAUUCCCGAAUUGGUGACUGAGUUUAAUAUAAAAAAAUUACAACAACUUGUGACAAAUGGUACAACAUAUCCAGGUGCAAAUUUUAUUGUGACAGUUAAGGGAAAUAGAAUUGAUUUGAAAUCAAAGAAUGAUGUUAUUAUAAAAUGUGGUUACAAAGUUGAACGACAUAUUAGAGAUAAUGAUUUAGUGAUUUGUAAUUAUCAGCCUUCAAUUCAUAAAAUUAAUAUGAUUGGACAUCGUGUUAAAAUUUUACCAUGGAGCACUUUUCGAAUGAAUGUCAGUUCCAUUAAAGCCUAUGGUGCCAAUUGUGAUGGCGAUGAAAUGAAUAUACAUGUACCACAAUCAUUGACAACAAAAGCCGAAGUUGAAAAUAUUCAUUUAAUAACGCGAAAUAAACCAAUAAUGGAUAUUGUCGAAGAUACAUUAUUAGGUGCGUAUAAAAUGACUCAUAGAGAUGUCUUUAUUGAGAAAGAGGAAAUAAUGAAUCUUGUUAUGUUUUUAACAAAUUGGAAUGGAAAAUUACCAAAACCUUGUAUUUUAAAACCAAAACCCCUUUGGAGUGGUAAGCAAUUAUUUUCUCUAAUAAUUCCCAAAAAUUUGAAUUAUCAAACGGAAAAUCAGACGAGGUUUUCACUUCGUGAUUCGACAAUAUUAAUCGAAAAUGGAGAACUUUUAAUGGGAAUUUUACGUAAGAAGACACUUAGUUCUUGUGCUGGUUCACUAUUUCAUGUUUGUUUCUUAGAAUUUGGUCACAAAGUUUGUGGUGAAUUUUACGAAAAUAUUCAAACAGUUAUUAAUAAUUGGUUAUUAUUGGAGGGACAUUCAAUUGAUAUUUCUGAUAUAAUUUUAGAUGCUAAUACACAUUUAAAAAUUCAAAAAGCAAUCAAGAAAGUCAAAAAUAAUUUUAUCGAAGUCCUUCAUAAUGCGCACGAUACUGAAAUAAAUAGAGAGACUUUUAAAAUUAAAUCUAAUAAGAUUCUAAAUGAUGUUAAUUACAUAACUUGUGAUAUAAUUGACAAAUAUUUUAUUCAAAAGAAUAAUUUAAUGUCUAUGAUGAAAUCAGGAUCAAAUGGAAAUUUGAGAAUUAUUUCUCAAAUUAUUGGUUGUAUUGGACAGCAAAAUGUGAACGGUGAACGUAUACCAUUUGGUUUUUUAAAACGAGCUUUGCCACAUUUUAUCAAAGAUGAUUAUGGUCCUGAAGCACAAGGUUUUAUUGAAAAUACCUAUCUCUCUGGUGUUACACCUACGGAAUUUUUUUAUCACGCCAUGGAAGGUCGUGAUUUGCUUAUUGAUAAUGUAAUAAAAAUUGAAGACACUAGACGUAUUCAACGUAAAUUGGUCAAGUCUAUGGAAUCCCUAAUGGUACACUAUGAUGGAACGGUGAGAAAUUCAAUGGGACAAUUAAUUCAAUUAAAUUACGGUGAAGAUGGUCUAUGUGGUGAAGUUCUCGAAUUUCAAAAUUUACCAACAUUGAAGAAAGAAGAUUUUCAAUUUGAUUUAAAUGAAAAUAAUCUAGAAGGUAUAUUUAAUGAAAAUAUUAUUGAUGAAAUAAUGACAGAAGAAAUAAAUGAAGAAUUGAAAAAAGAAUGGGAACAAUUGAAUCAAGAUGAGAGAAUUUUGAAAAAAAUUUUCCCCAUUGAUAAAUUAAACGUUCUACUUCCUUUUAAUUUGAAGCGAAUGAUUUGGAAUGCAGAGAAAAUAUUUCAUAUCAAUAAACAAAAAAAAACUGAUUUGAGUCCAAUGAAAAUUAUUCAAGGAGUGAGGGAUCUUUUAAAAAAAUGCUUCAUUAUAAAUGGAGAGGAUAAAUUAACUAAAGAAGGGAAUGAAAAUGCAACACUACUUUUCCAGUUUGUUGUGAGAUCGAUUUUGUGCACUAAAAACGUCACUAAUCAUAGACUAUCGAGUGAAGCCUUUGAGUGGUUAAUUAAUGAAAUUGAAACUCGAUUUCAAAGGGCAAAAAUUUCACCUGGUGAAAUGGUGGGAGCUUUAGCUGGACAAUCUUUAGGAGAAUUUGCCACUCAUAUGACUUAUAAUACUAUUCAUUUUUCUGAAGCACCAUCGAGAAAUAUCACUCUGGGAGUGCCGAGAUUUAAGGAAAUUAUCAAUUGCAUUAAAAAACCAAAAUUUCCAACUAUGAGGAUUUUUUUAAAAGAAGAUUCAAAACAAAAUAUGAAGAAAGCUGAAACUAUUCUUUCUCGUUUGGAACACACAACAUUGAAGAAUAUAAUGAAAAAAUCUGCAAUUUACUACGAUCCUGAUCCAAUUAAUUCCAUUAUUAAAGAUGAUCAACAAUUUAUAUCUGUCUUCAAUGAGAUACCUGAUUUUGAUAUAACCAAACUUUCACCAUGGUUACUUCGUAUUGAAUUGAAUAAAGAGAAAAUGAAUCAAAGAAAUUUAUGCAUGUAUCAAAUUGCUGAGAAGAUUAAAAUUGAAUUUGGCGACGAUUUAAAUAUUAUGUUUAAUGACGACAGUUCGGAACAUUUAAUUGUUCGAUUUCAAAUAAUGAAUAAUGAUGAUAAAAUGGAAGAAAGUGAUAAAUAUGACGAUGAUGAUGUUUUUCUACAAAAGAUUGAAUUAUGUUUACUAAAUGAUGUUACAUUACAGGGUUAUAAUGGAAUUAAUAAAUUGAAAUUGCACAAGAUUGAGAAAAAUAAGAAAAUUAAGGAAUAUUUAAUACUAAGUGAGGGUUCAAAUUUGAGGGAUAUAUUAAACGAUAAUGAUGUUGAUUUUAAGAGAACAAUUAGCAGCGAUAUUUUUGAGAUUUACAGUAUACUUGGUAUUGAGGCUGUGAGAAAAUCUAUACAAAACGAAUUAAAUUCUAUAAUUCAUGCUUAUGGACGUUAUGUGAAUAAUCGACAUCUUGCAUUACUUUCUGAUGUUAUGACUGCUGAAGGUCAUUUAACGGCUAUUAAUCGCAUUGGAUUUGAUAGGAAAGAUAUUGGAGCAUUAAUGAGAUGUUCUGUUGAAGAAAAAAUAGACACUUUGUUUGAUGCUGCUUCUCAUGGUGAAAUCGAUCCUAUUCUUGGUGUUUCGGAAAAAAUUAUUCUUGGACAAUUACCUCGCAUUGGCACAGGUUGCGUUGAUUUAUUAAUCGAUGAUGAAAAAAUGCGAACAAGAAAAUAAUUAUUCGUUAAAGAUAUAAUAUAUAAAAAUAAGUGACUAAAAUGUCAAAUUUUGAGAGUUUUAUAAAAGUAAGUUAUUAAAACAGAAAAAAACCAAAAAAAAAAAAAAGAAAUGUAUAAUGUAUACAUCGAUUACAUUAAGAUUUCGUUAUACUAUAAUCAUUACGUAUUUUAUAUUUUUAUACUGAUUAACAAUAAAAUGUUUCAUAAUGUAA